UAGCAAGACAGGGAAAGUGGGUAUGGAUAACGGUAAUCCAACCAGAUAAGAAGAGAAAGCUGAAUGCUUCUCUCCCCCUUUCACUCUUCUUCAAUGGCGCUUCUGCAAUCUCCAGCGUCUAUUAGUGGCGAUUCUUCUACACAAUCAAACCCUCCUUUCAUCCACACUCCCUUCAUAUUCCCCUUCAAUUUACGCACCCUUUCUACCAACUCCCUCAAGAUCAAACACAACAACAACAUCCAUCGAUUCCGCAUUCGUGCAUCAGCAACUCUUGAAUCCAACAAUGGCGCCGCCACUCUCUCUGUCGGAGUUGAUUCCACCGUCACUCCUUAUGGCAGACAGUACUUUCCACUCGCCGCAGUAGUUGGACAAGAUGCUAUUAAAACUGCUCUUUUACUCGGGGCUAUUGACCGUGAGAUUGGAGGGAUUGCAAUCUGCGGAAAAAGAGGAACGGCCAAAACUGUUAUGGCACGCGGGUUACAUGCCAUUCUGCCUCCUAUUGAGGUAGUUGUUGGAUCGUUUUCAAAUGCUGAUCCAGCCUGUCCUGAAGAGUGGGAAGACGGGCUUGCUGAAAAAGUGGAAUAUGACUCUUCUGGUAACAUCAAGACUCAAGUAGUCAGAUCACCGUUUGUGCAGAUUCCACUUGGUGUUACAGAAGAUCGAUUGAUUGGAUCUGUUGACGUUGAAGAAUCUGUCAAAACCGGAACCACCGUAUUCCAGCCAGGUCUUUUGGCUGAAGCACAUAGAGGAGUUCUUUAUGUUGAUGAAAUCAACUUACUGGAUGAGGGCAUAAGUAACUUGCUUCUUAAUGUGUUGACUGACGGUGUUAAUAUUGUUGAAAGAGAAGGAAUCAGCUUUCGCCACCCGUGCAAACCGUUGUUAAUUGCUACUUAUAAUCCAGAAGAGGGUGCUGUACGUGAACAUUUACUGGACCGUAUUGCAAUUAAUUUGAGUGCAGAUCUUCCAAUGAGUUUUGAGGAUCGUGUUGCGGCUGUAGGGAUUGCGACACAGUUUCAAGAACAAAGUAAUGACGUUUUUAAAAUGAUGGAGGAAGAAACAGACUCUGCAAAGACUCAGAUUAUUUUGGCACGGGAGUAUUUGAAGGACGUAACUGUUAGUCGAGAGCAACUAAAAUACCUGGUCAUGGAAGCUCUUCGUGGCGGUUGCCAGGGGCACAGGGCUGAGCUAUAUGCCGCACGUGUUGCCAAAUGUUUGGCUGCUUUUGAAGGUCGUGAUAAAGUCAACGUGGAUGACCUAAAGAAAGCUGUAGAACUCGUAAUUCUUCCUCGUUCAAUAUUUAACGAGACCCCACCGGACCAGCAACAACAACAGCCGCCGCCCCCUCCACCGCCACCGCAAAGUCAGGAUUCCGAGAACCAAGAAGAGAAUGAAGAGCAAGAAGAAGAAGAAGAAGAUAACGAAGAUGAUGAAAAUGAUCAGGAGAAUGAACAGCAAGAUCAAAUACCGGAAGAAUUUAUUAUCGAUGCCGAAGGGGGUUUCGUGGAUGAGAAACUUCUCUUCUUUGCACAACAAGCACAGAGAAGAAAGGGGAAAGCCGGGAGGGCUAAGAAUGUAAUUUUCUCAGAGGAUAGAGGUCGAUAUAUUAAACCAAUGCUUCCCAAGGGUCCGGUGAAACGAUUGGCUGUUGAUGCAACAUUAAGAGCAGCUGCACCGUAUCAAAGAUUGCGUAGGGAACAAGACAUACAAAAGACUAGAAAGGUUUUUGUAGAGAAAACGGAUAUGCGAGCUAAAAGAAUGGCCCGUAAAGCAGGAGCACUGGUUAUAUUUGUGGUUGAUGCUAGUGGAAGCAUGGCAUUAAAUCGAAUGCAGAAUGCAAAAGGUGCAGCACUUAAACUAUUAGCGGAGAGCUAUACAAGCAGAGAUCAGGUUGCCAUUAUUCCUUUUCGUGGAGAUGCUGCAGAAGUUCUUUUGCCACCUUCUAGAUCCAUCUCUAUGGCUAGGAAACGGUUAGAGAGGCUUCCUUGUGGUGGAGGGUCUCCCCUUGCUCAUGGACUCACCACGGCUGUUCGGGUUGGGAUGAAUGCAGAGAAAAGUGGAGAUGUCGGGCGUAUAAUGAUUGUAGCUAUAACUGAUGGUAGAGCAAAUAUUUCACUCAAAAGAUCCAACGAUCCUGAAAUGGCUUCCGAUGCACCCAGGCCUUCUUCUCAAGAGUUGAAGGAUGAGAUACUUGAAGUGGCUGGCAAAAUUUACAAAGCAGGAAUGUCACUCCUUGUCAUUGACACAGAAAAUAAGUUCGUUUCAACUGGUUUUGCUAAAGAGAUUGCACGAGUCGCCCAAGGAAAAUAUUAUUACCUGCCUAAUGCCUCAGAUGCUGUUAUAUCUGCUGCAACAAAGGAUGCUUUAUCAAGUUUGAAAAACUCUUGAAUCAUACAAUUAUACAAAUUGUACUUUAUCUGCUGUGGUUUUUGUUUUCACUAAAUGCGAGACAAAAUUGAUAGAUCGAUAUCAUACAACGUUUAUUGAGUGAGGUUCAUACUCUAACUUGUGCA